UACCUUUUAGUUUAAUAUAGCCUCACGUCACAUGGGGCGCUAAAACACUAAAAUGCUUUAGAGAGCCAGAGAUACAGAGAGAUGGAGAGAGAGACCUUUAUAUUCUCUGGCAUUAUUACUUCAAAUACAAAAAUAGCUGAGGAAAUUGCUUAAAAAAGUCGGAGGAAACAUGCUGGACCAGUCACGUAUUGGGCAGUGACCGAGACACCGGCUGUGUUUUCACAAUUAUUAAGAAGAGACGGAGCUGAGAGCAGUGAGAGUGCGCAAAGAGUGCCUGGCAUGGGCUGCUGUGCCGGGGAGGCUGAUACCACCGCUGGGAGGGAGCGUCAGACAUGACUUCGUCUUCAGCACCCAGGGGCUGCCCAUGCUGACAUGAUCAUUCCAAGCGAGCUCGAUCUGAUGGCAGAAGCGACAGGGCAUCCAGGUGGAAGGUUAAAUGCAAUGCUGGAUGCGAUGGAGGUACCAAGCCAUGCUAAGCAACUUCUCCUGCAACUAAACACCCAAAGGACUAAAGGCUUCCUGUGUGAUGUCAUCAUUGUGGUACAGAAUGCCCUUUUCCGAGCUCACAAGAACAUUCUAGCAGCUAGCAGUGUAUACUUGAAGUCUCUUGUAGUCCAUGACAAUUUGAUAAACUUAGACCAUGACAUGGUUAGCCCUGGUAUUUUCAGAGUCAUCUUGGACUAUAUAUACACAGGAAGGCUAGGUGACGGAGAACACAUAAUUGAUCAGAACUUUGGGGCAGUUCUGGCAGCUGCCAGCUAUCUUCAAAUUUCAGAUUUGGUAACCCUGUGCAAAAAGAGACUUAAGCGCAAUGCAAAAUACUACCACAUGAGGGCAGGGUUUCCCCCAUACAAUCAAAUGGGAAGGGGGCCAAGAGCUGCUACUCCAGUCAUCCAGCCUUGCUACUCAUCAACUCCAAGAGCAGUAGAGGUGCAACCUGUGGAACCCCCUCACCCCCUUAAUACUCACUGCGGGGAGCUGUAUGCUCCAAGUUCUCAGGGUACUCAGUUGCACCAGCAUGGGCUGUGUCUGCCUGAAAGGGGCUGUUCUCCAAUGUUUGGCUUAGAUCUGUCAAAAAAAAGCCCUACUGCCCCAGUACAGCAUCAGUCAGAUGGACUGCAUGUUUCAGAGAACAGAGAGACCUCACUGCCUAACAGACAGGAGAGUCCACCUAUUAGUACCUCCUUACUCACCACCACCAGUGCCUCUUACAAGGACCAGUCACAAGCCUUCCACAGAAUGGAAGCUAACGGACCAAUGAUUCAUCAUGCAGAACCUUUCAGAAACAGUAGUCCUACAGAGACCCAAAACAGGACUGAGGCUCAUGAUAUCAUGUACAGAUGGAUGAAACCUGAGCCUGUGGGGAACUAUGUAGAUGAUUGUGAAAGAGAGAAAGUGCCAGAAAGGGAUGAAAGAAAAGAUGAGGCUUCCUCAGACUCUCAGCAGGUACGCUAUCCUAGUGUGGAGAGCAAUGACCUUGACGAUGACAAGAGCAGUAGUGAAGAGACUGGGAGCAGUGAAGAUCCUUCUCCCACAGGGAAUAUGGAGAGAUACAGUUGCAACCAUGUUGGUUAUGACCCAGAAUCCUUUGGAGACAAUCUUUAUGUCUGUAUUCCUUGUGGAAAAGGCUUUCCAAGUUCUGAACAGCUGAAUGCUCAUGUAGAAUCCCACACAGAAGAAGAACUCUAUCACAAAGAAAAUUCAGAACAGGCCACAUCUUAUAUAGACAAGUCUGGCCAGGGACUGGGUGACAUGAUCAGACCAUAUAGAUGCGGCUCUUGUGACAAGUCUUAUAAGGACCCUGCUACAUUAAGGCAACAUGAAAAGACCCACUGGCUUACCAGGCCUUAUCCCUGUAGCAUAUGUGGUAAGAAAUUUACACAGAGAGGAACCAUGACUAGACAUAUGAGAAGUCAUUUGGGCCUGAAGCCCUUCGCAUGUGAUGCCUGUGGGAUGCGUUUCACCCGUCAGUACAGGUUGACAGAACACAUGAGAAUUCAUUCAGGGGAAAAGCCAUACGAGUGUCAGGUCUGCGGGGGAAAGUUUGCACAGCAAAGAAACCUGAUUAGUCACAUGAAAAUGCACACUUCUGGACCAGAUGGAAAAUCUAAACUGGAUUUCUCUGAAGGUGUGUAUGCCAUGGCUAAGUUUACAGCAGAUCAUCUAGGACUAAAGCAAGAAAAGGCCACAGACAUUCUUUCUCAGACUUCCCAUUUGAUCAGUGACCCCAAAACAAUGGAAAGUUUGUACCCACUGGCCAAAUUUACUGCAGAACACUUGGGCCUAGCCCAGGAGAAGACUUCUGAACUUCUAACUCAGACCUCUCUUCUAAACCAUGAAAGCCGAAUCAUAGAAAGGUUUUCUGCAAGUUAAUUUUCUAUUUUUUAAUUUUUUUUUUAAAAAGCCUUUAUAUGUUUGAACGAAGCUUGUUACUUUAAUUCCUGCAUUUUUAAAAAGAUGAUAAUUAUAUUUUUGUGACAUUGAAAAAAGUUAUUUUCAGCAAAUGGAGCCAAAAAUAUUUUUACAGUCACCUUAACCUGUGUAAUGCUUAAAUUUGUUGGGGGAAAAAGCACAUAGAACAUUCCUGGCUUUUGGGAAAUUGCACUUGAUAUGAAGGGGGAGGAGACAUCGUUAAUUAUGGAAAAGCUAGUACAUUUACAGGAACUUUAGAAAUAAUAGCGGUAUGUAUGAUGCACUGGGAUUUUCCUACUUGAGUGUAAUGGUGCUAACCAUUAUACAAAAUGUUGCAAUUGCCUUUUUUAAACACAUUUUAACAGUAUUGUAAACCAUUUCAUUCUUGAUUAGAUACAUGCAUUAUCAGCACCAUGACAUUUACAGUAAUCCAAUUCUACGUGGCAAUGAAAAAAAGAGUGUUUACCAAUGAAAACUACUUACCUGCCAAAAUCAGCCUGAAUUAGUAUGAGAGAGGUAGGUUUGUACUUGCAGUGUUUCACCCUCAAGUUUCCUAAGCUUGCUCUGUCUCUAAUUGGCCGAAGUAAUUUAAUGCGGUUUAGAUUUUAAAACACAGCAGGCAUAUUCUUCCAUAGUGCCUCAUGAUAUAAAGAGUUAUAAUGUCAUUAGGGGCACAUCGUAAGGUUAGAAGUUCCUCUCUCCCUUUUUUCUAUUACUACCAUAUACACGUUGACCAAAUAAAAAAAGACUGUAAGCUCUAGGAAAGAUAGAUAAGGGCAUUUCGUGAGAAAAUGAAUCCAUAAACACGGAGAGCUUAAUUUAUUGCAGAAUUACACAAUGUCAAUGAUUCCUGUUCUGAACACUGUGUUCUUCUAUUGCACAGACUGUCCCAACCAGUCUCAUAGCUUGACCCUGAGCAUUGCUGAAGGUUGUCAGAUCAAGCCAACACAUUUGCUAGCUAGAAGGCUGUUGACGACUCCAUCCGCUGUGACAAUCAAUGUGGCUGUUCCCAGGAACUUAACAACACUAUAGAGAUGAUGCCGUAUGCAUCUGAGCGUGAAGACUGUGCCUGUAGAAAUGGAUGAAACAGUCAAGUCACAGCCUGGAAAGAAAAAAAAAAACUUUAGUAGCUAUUUUGAUAACUGUUAGGUCUUUUCUUGUUUCCUUAAUAAGCAGGUUAUUCAUGACCGUCUUGUUAUAUGUGAAAACAGGCAGAUAGAAGGGGAAAUUCCCACCAAAAUAUUGCAUACACAUAUGCACACUGGCAUAAUAAAUACACACACACAUUUGCACUCGUAUGAUGAUGUGGUAGAUCUAUAAAAAUACUGCAAAGCAUGGUGUUGCUUUACUAUGCAGAUGUAGAAUCAAGCUGAGGAACAAGAAAAAGAGGAGUGAGUCUGAGCAUCUUAGAUUCUGCUUGAGCAAAACAAAGUUGUUAAUGUGAGAGUGCAUUAAAAGGUGUAACAAAUCAGUACAUGCACAGUACAUGCACAGUAAUGGAUAGCUGAUCUGUUUUCAUUGAUCACACCACAGCAGCACAUAUCUGGAAAUCCUGCUUUUAAUGGAACUUUUUUAAUGAUCCAGAUUGUGCACUACAUAUUAUUACCAAUGCAAUCAUUUAAAGUUUGUACCAUUCCACAGAAUGCAUGCUCUGUUUAGUGCACAAAUCAUGACAACUAAAACUAGGUCACUGAGUCUAGGAUAAUAACUGCAACAUAUGCAUUAUAUAAAAGGCAGAAAACUUCUUGCAUCAACUUUUUAUUCCUGCUUGAUUACAAGUGAGAGCUAUGAAUAUCAGUUUUGAUAACAGGGGACUAUAAAUGCGUAUCAGCUAUCUCAUAGCUCUGCUUUAUGUAUUUUUACAUUCCAUUCCUGCUCUUUAUUUUUGACUCCCCACCCUCCACCCCCCUUUACCUGCCUGGUUUCUGAUAAUGUGGCUUCUUGUCAGUCUUCAGCCAUGUUAUAGCAGUUGAAGUGAGCCAGAGAUAAAUGGCAGAAGUCUCAUGUAAGCUUUCCACACGAGAUGGCUACAGGUUCUAGAACAGUGAAAUAAUUAUAAAAUUAAUUUUGAGUGAGCAAAAGGCAGCAGCAAACCAGAAAAUGUCUAGCUUAAAAGAAAAACAUGUAUAUAGUAGUAGCAUUGUGGGUUACUUAAAGUUCACCGCAUGUAAAUCUUUAGAGCUAUAAAAAGUAAACAAAGUGGUUAUCUGUUCUCUUUUGAGUGAAUCUUUCAUUUAGCUUUAUAUUUGUUAUUAAAACUGUGAAAACUGCAGAGUAAAGAUAAUCUGAAAUAUACAACUGUUUCUAAAUCCAGGAAAUUCUUUUAGAAUUAUAAACAAUUCAGUUUCUGUGAAUCAAUUUACCUCAACUCUUUCCUACUUCUAACAUAAUUUUCAUUCACUUUUCAGGAUGUAAAUAUAGUAAGAUAAUUAUCGGUACUUAAAUUCUGCAAUCAAAGACUAUUGUAGUUUCCUAACCACAUAAAGUCUAUGCAAUAAUUCAGGCAUAUUAGAAAUAUGUAUAUUUUACAAACUCAGCACCUAAGAGGAAUGAUAUUAACUAGGCACUGUAAUAGCUGUCAAACUGGCUGGUAUUACACUCCCUUUAGAAAUGCCAGAAGAGCACAGUUUCAUCAUUCUACAGUCCACUGAUAACUCAGUAACCUUAUGUUUUUCCAACCUUCAAGCCUUGUCUGAACUGGACUGCAUAGAAAAUAGAAUACAGUUUUCCAUCUUAGUCAGGCUGUGCUUGUCAGAGUAGUUAUUAAAUGCAGUAUUUUGAGGAUCUGUUCCCUCAAACAUUCACUGACAGAGACUACUGUUGCCUCUUUGAAGAAAAAAAGUUUGUGCUCCAGGGAAAUAAUCCAUCGGGGGGAGGACUACAGAUUUUUUUUAUUGCGGCUUUUGUAUACCUCAUAACUGUCAAGUUUUUCAGAAUACGUUUCUGUCAAAGUUUCAGUUAACAUUCUAGUUAGGAAUCUUAUGGUAAACAAAUAUAAGUAAAUUAAUAUUUCAGACUUAUGGGACAUAAUGUGAAUUAAAUGGAUACAAUCCUGGAAAUACAGAAUUAAAAAAAAAAUUACAAGAAAAGAAAUUAACAUCAUUUACCUUUAAUUAAAAACGGGGAUGCGUUCCAAGACCUGGGACCAGACCAUACUUUCUUUCUGAGAAGAGUAAAUGUGAGGCCCCUAGGCCAGAACUAUGUGGAGCAUUGUACUUUCUUUCCCCCUUCUUAAUGGUUUAGCUGAAACUCUGACAGUGAAUGAGUUUGUGUGUGUCUGUGUGUGUGUUUUUGGUGGAGAGGAUUACAAGUAUACUACAGUCAUAGGUCCGCACUUUUGUCAUAUGUCUGCCAUCAGUCCUUAAGAGUGCCAGCUUUGUAUUUUAUAGAACCUGAAACUCAUAUUACAAAUAUCUAUAGCAAAGUGGGACAUCAUUUCUCCUAACUUGGUUCCACAAUUUAUCAGCUUCCUAAGUGCAUUAUAAUGUUUUAGAUUUAUGGAAUUUUAAGUAUAUUUAUAUGCACAUUUUUAUGUAGGGUAGGUGGAGAGAAAUGGAAAGCUGUGUUGGCAAACAAGAAAAAAAGUUUUGUUCAAAAAUCACUAAACAGUGAAAAGUAUCAUGUCUCUGUGCUGUUCUAUUUAAACUUUUUUUACUGUGAUUCUGCAAACUGUUUUUUUUUUUGUAUUGUCUUAAAGAUCUGUGACAUUUGAUGCUAUCAUUGUAAUUGAUGUGUUUUUUAACAAUCAGUUGUUUUUUUUCCAGCAGACCAAAUUUAGCACUUUUUAAAGAACCACAUGUAAAGAUGUUCUGGACCAAAUCAGUGUUUUCAGCAAGAUAGUAUAGUACACACAAUAUAACUUUAUCAUUAUUUAAAUAAAUAUAUAUUCUUA